AGUAACUUCUCUUCCUGGGAACGUGAAAGAAUAAAACAGAAAUGGGGGGAAAAGUAAGAAUACAAAAGACAAGAGAUCUGUGAGCAAUAGAUAGCAGUAUUUAUUUAUAGAAGAUAAAUCACAUUGAAAUAAAUCUGAUAAUUUUGAUUUUAUUUGCAAAAUUAGUGAAGAGAAUACCUCAAACAUAAUAUAGAUAUGGAGUCUGCACAAACCUUUGAUAUGCUGCACUGUAAAACAUUAAAUGAAAAACGAGCUAGUCUUGGCUUGAGUGUGAGUGCAGUUAUGUCGGUUAAGAAAAGCCCAAACACCCUUCUGAAAAAAAAAAAAAAAACAAACAAGAAACGAAACCAAACCCAAAUAAAAAAAUCCACUCCCAACCCCCACCCAAAACCAAACAAAAACAAACUAAAACCCCCAAUCAAACAACAAAAAGCCCAAAAAACACUCAAACAAAAAAAAAAAAAAACCCAGGAAAAAAACCCACUCAAAACCCCCAGAAGACGCAUCAUGAAAGCUGGGAAAUAAAACGGAAUGUUACGCAAAACUGGAUGACGGCAGGUUCACACCUGUCUUUAUUCUGAUGACUGCUGGUGAUGUGUAAAUUGGCAUGACUGGAAAAGAGAUGCAAGCCUUAAGGAGGGGGGGAGUAGCACUGCGAAGUUGAAUUUAGAAUGCACACAGCUAGCGUGGCAGCAGCGAAAUGGAGGAGUUUGGGCACCAAGUUUAUUUGUUGUCUAUUAAAAAAAAAUACGAUAACCAAGCAGCCAAAGGUUACGUAUAUGGCCAGGGCUACCCCGCUGGCAGGUGAGGGAUCCCUAAUGGCUCCACAGGCGGCACCAGGCACAGCGUAAACACACAGAGAGGGACGGAGCUCGGAGGCCUGCCAGGGCUCGGCGGCGGCGCGGCGGCCCCGCCCUGAGGCGGGGCGGGCGGAGGAAGUGGCCCGGGGAGGCCGGAAGCGGAGCUGAGGAGGGGCUGGCGGAGCGGGGCGCUGGCCGGUGAGCGGGGUCCUGGGGAGGCCCGGCAGGAGGCUGCGCGUCCAGGACGAUUUGCUGCUUGUCUACUUUUUGGAAGACUCAAUCUGUUUGCCAAGCAGGCUGACCCUUCUCUGUGGCUUUACUGUCUGAUGCCGGGUAGCAGAAACUAGUUGCAGCCUUCCAUACCGUUUGGAAUGUGUAGUUGAGCAUGAUGCUUCAAAAGAUGAACCUUAAGGCCUUUUCAGACACAGCACGCUGAACCCAACUGCUGCAGGAGAGAGAUAUCUGUGCCACCAUGUCUAGAAGAGGGAUUUAACUCUUGCAAAAAGAAGGAGUGUUAGCUCAGGAAGUGUCUGUCAUCCUGCAUUGGGUCUUCCCAGGUAACUUCAGAACACUGCCAAUGGAUGAACUGGUGCAUGACUUGGCCUCAGCUUUAGAGCAGACUUCAGAGCAAAACAAACUGGAUGGGCUAUGGGAAGAGAUGGCCCUGAGCCCACGGCAGCAGCGGCGUCAGCUUCGCAAGAGACGGGGUCGUAAAAGACGCUCAGACUUCACACAUCAGGCAGAACAUGCCUGCUGCUACAGUGAGGCCUCAGAGUCGAGCUUGGACGAAGCUGUCAAGGAUUGCCGUGAGGUGCUGACAGCUAAUUUCAGUGACUCUGAUGACAUGGCAGUGGUCAAACGACAUCCAGCUCUUAGUGCCACCCUGAGGAGCAAGCAACACUUGUGGCAUGAGUCAGACUCCUUUACAGAGAAUGCGCCCUGUCGACCUCUCAGGCGCCGAAGGAAAGUCAAACGUGUAACAUCAGAGGUGGCUGCCAGUCUCCAGCAAAAGCUCAGGGUGUCAGAGUGGAACUAUGAGAGGGGCUGCAGGUUCAAGUCAGCCAAGAAACAGCGUCUUUCACGCUGGAAAGAGAAUGCCCCUUGGACAUCAUCCAGUCAUGGCCUUUGUGAAUCAGGAGAGAACAGGCCCUUCCUCAGCAACGGGGGAAGGAAGGAGCGGAUGGAGUGUGAAGCUGAUGAUCAGAAGCAGGGCUCAGAUGAAAACAUGUCGGAAUGUGAAACCAGCAGUGUUUGCAGCAGCAGUGAUACAGGCCUGUUCACCAAUGAUGAAGGCCGCCAAGGAGAUGAUGAGCAAAGUGAUUGGUUUUAUGAAGGAGAAUGUGUUCCAGGAUUCACUGUCCCCAACCUUCUUCCCAAGUGGGGAGCUGAUCAUCGAUCUGAAGUGGAAAGGAUUGACUCAGGCCUGGACAAACUCUCUGUUUCCACCUUCCUUUUGCCCUCACGGCCAGCUCAGAGAGGAUUUCAUGCUCGUCUGAAUCGCCUUCCAGGAGCUGCUGCUCGCUGUCUCCGUAAAGGCCGGAGGAGGCUGGUUAGCAAGGAGACCUCCAUGAGCACUCUGGGAACCGAGAGGCUAGGUCAUAUUGUUAAUGAUCCGCGCCAGAAAGAUUUUUGGUUACCAUCCAUGGGGAAGAGAGAUCGUAACCAGGUAAGGUCACUCUGCUUUUCCUUUUUUUAUUUUCGUGGUUUCCUUCUCUCUAGAAAGAGUGCAGUGCUGGCUUCUGAUUUCCCACACGCUGUUGCCUGUGCACUUCAGUUCAAUCCAUUAUCUCCUCUGUACUCUCUGGAUGUGCUUGCUGAUGCUUCCCACCGAAGAUGCUCACCAGCACACUGCACUGCCAGGCAAGCAAAUGUUCAUCUGGGACCGCCAUGUUCAAGGGACAUCAAGAGGAAACGAAAGCCAGCUGCAGCCUCCAUGUCUAGCCCAACAUCAGCAACUUUGUCUGUCCACAUGGAUGCAGCAGAAUCAGAGCUACCAGCAACACCAUCCUUGAGAUCCCAGAACUCUGAGGGGACUGGGAAAACACCAGCAGCUGAGCAAUCUACUAUUGCUGCCUCCAGUAACUUUUUUAAAAUGCCACCAGAGAAGAGUCCUGGAUACAGCUAAAAGGAAGCAUUACAACUCUAAAAACUUGCUCGAUUUUGGAAGUGUUUGAUUCUGGUGUUUGUCUGCACCAAACACCUUGUUUGGCAAUAGUGGUAUCUUCAGUAUUGGUGCGUGAUGCAUGCCAUCAUCCAGGCUGGUCUGUGUGCCUCACACACCUAAAUUAUGUUUGUGAAUCUAUGCUUAAGAAAAGGUAAUCAUUGUUGGGACUGCAGUGGCUUUUAGAAAGUUUCCUGUUAUCACUGUAUUUAUUAUUAAUUCAUCUCUUUCUGUGAUUACAGCUCAUAUGUAAUGGGUCAUGUACAGGUUCUUUUGGGUUUUCAGAUCUUUAUUCACCCCUGGACAUGUUGCUUGUUUGUGUAUUUGGCAUUUUCAGGGUGAAAGUCCUGCUGCCAUUCAAGGAGGCAGGAGUCUCCCUCUACUUGCUGCCAGGCCACAGGGAUUUAUUGGGUGGGGAAUGAGGAGGGAAUGCCAACACAUUGAAACAGAGAAUCGGAAUCCUGUAUUAGCAGAAUGUUUGCUGGCCACGUGGUAAUGGACUCAAAUCAUGUUGCUUCUGGCAAAGCAAAUAUGGUGCUUGUCUAUGUAGAAAUUGCCAUUAGCUCACUAGCAGCAUUGUCCAUUAGACCUUUUCCUUCUCCCUUGUUCUGAAUGUCUUCAGUCUUUAUUGUGUAUUGCAUGUUCAUUCCUAAACCUCCUACUGGAUAAGGAUUUGGGAGAGCUACUUGGACGUAAAUAUGCAAGCUGGUGUCCUGGGUAGAAACCCGGACCCUUGAAUGUUGUUGCAGUAUGGUAGAAGAGUAUACAAAACAUCCAUAUCUCAGUGUAUAAAUUAAAAAAAAUGUCUGUUAAUGUUUUUAAAGGAUGCUUGUUGACGUUAACAUGCCAUUGAACAAAAAAGCCGUUUAAAGUGUCACCUGAGUUCAGAGCAUUAUGGAUAUAGAUCAGACUCCUUCGAUAUCAUGCUUUCUUUCCCUUCAAAAGUAUUGUCUCCUAUACCUACUGGAGGUGUCUCCACGUGCUGAUGAUUGCACAUUACACUGCAGUGUACACUAAAGAGAUUCUCUUCAUACAACUUCCAGUUGGUCUGCUGUUACCUUCUGUGUGUUGCAGAAUAUAUGGACAGGGAUUUCUUCCCUCUCUUUAAUAAUGGCGGAGCUCAUCUUGGACUGUGUUUUCAGAAUAUGUACCUCACAGGGAACAGGUGGCCUCAGCUUCUUAAGUCCUUUACAAAUAGGAUCUAUUUGUAUGAAUAGAACUUUUUGCUUUCCUUGCGUGGAGCUUUCAGACAGGAGUGUUUAAACUUGUAAAAUCUAUUUUGAUUGUGGCAGUGCAUCUAGCACUCUUAAACACAUAGCAAAAUUGGUGUGAUUUUGGUGAUUAUGCAGUGUUCUACUCUCUUAUGAAUCAUAUGACUGAGGGACAGAUUUGAGUGGGGGAAUAUGAAUCAGUGAUUUAUAUUAACUGUGUAUUAAAAUGGGAAAUGGUCAUAAUAUACACAAAACAGAAACUGAAUGACUUGCUAAAUCAUGAUUGACAAAUAUAGUUAGUUAUACUACAUGCACACUGUGUCUUAUCCCCUAAUACCUACUUAUUCUUGGGGAGACAUCCAAAUUGGAUUUAUAUUUCGCAGCAUAAGCAAACUGUCGGAUUGGUCUAUAAAUCCUUCUCAAAACUAUUUCUUUUUAUUUUUUUAUUUGGGUGGCAUAUUUUAGAAGUAAUAAGAACAGGAAAUUCCUUUUUACCUUAAUGAAGGAAUAUGGAAGUCCAUUUGGAAUACAGGACAAGAUGUAACAGUUUGUGAAGGAAGAAGUACUCCUAUUUUAAAGUUUUAUUUGUCUUAUUUGUAGCUAUUUUUAGCAAUGGUGCCUAAGGGGUAACACAGGAAGUUUCAGCACUGGAGGGCCUGUAAUCUAAAACGUAUGAAGAGAAGGUAAACCUGAAGAGUAGUAGCUUGACUACCCAGUACUCAUUAAUACAGUGAAUGGGAAAGGUGGCCACGUUCUCCUGAUAACUUGCAGAUAAAAUUUAGGAUUUGAAGCCUUGUAAUCUAAACUGCAUGCUGCUCCAGUGAUGGGGAGUGGUUCCCUAAAAGAGCAUUUGUGAAACUGAGUGGUUUUGGUCUCAUGGAGUGUCCUCCACAACCUCUCUUAGUUUGAGUCUAUUCAACAGAGUUACUCAGAUGACUGAUAAUUCAGCUAAAAUUUUAUAUUUUAGCCAUUGUAUUCUCUUUUUAAAAUCAAUUGUGAUGUAUCUUGCUAUACUCUGAGUAUUGUCCACAGUAGUUUUUUCCUCUUCUGUGAUGGCAGGGUGCAUUAAAACCUUUCUCAAGAAGGGUGUUAGGGAAUCAAGACCCAUCUCAUUGUAGUGGUGGAGGGGUUGCAGUGCUUCAUGUGAUUUUUCUCUGGGGGCAGGGAAAGAGAAUUGAUCAGAUUAUCCUAUUGAGGUCAGUAGCAGUGUUACCUGGUUAAGCUCUUACUUAGGCUGUAAGCUCCUAGGAGGUAUUUCUUGCUUUUAAAGGCUGAUUGUACCUGUGGCAGUACUGAAGAGCAAUUGUGGCAGCUCUUGUCUUGACAAGCCAUGCUUCCUGCCAGGGCAGCUUUCUGGAAGUUCCAGGAGACUCCAAUUAUUGUAGCUGCCCUGUCUUUCCUAUUUCUAGGUUAGAAUUAAUUUAUAAGUCAGUCAGAUUCUCAACCAAAUUUGAUUCUCCUGAGUGGUAGGCAGGUGGAUCAUGUGUCUUGUUACUCUGGGGUAUUUAUCAAAAUAUAUCUUCAGACUUCAGUAACUUGAUGCUUAAUAUCCACAGCAUUCUUAGAUUAAUAAAAUAAGUCCAUUUUUUGCCUCUUUUUUCAUCUAUGGCAGAUUUCUUAGAACUCACUCUGCUCACACUGUACUCAGUGUGAAGGAUACAGCUUCCCUUAUAAAUUACUUGAGUAGAAAGGAGUAAUAGCAUAGCUUGAUUUGGUAGCUGUGCUUCUGCAAAGGUGGUCCAGUAUGUGGUUAUUGCUUCAAAGAUACACAAUUCAUUCAUUUUUCACUUUUUGUCCAGCAGGACUCCCCAGUCUUUUUUCAGUUUUGUCUUCUCUCCAUUUGUGUCCUUGUCUGUAUGGGAGACUUCAGCUUUGCAGACGGGACCUGGGAAUACCAUACUGCUGUAACAAGCAAGUCUGGGAAAUUCCUGAAGUAUAUUGAAGAUAACUUGUAGUCACAAGUACAAGUGAGCCAACUGGGAAAGAUUCCCUCCUAAACCUGUUAUUUAUUAAUAAAGGAGGACUUUUGAGAGAUAUGAUGGUAGGUGCCUGCCUUUGACACAGGAUCAUGAAAUGGAUAAUAUUAAAAUUUUUGAUGGUCAGCAAAGUUGCUACCCUGAAUUUCAACAGAGCUAAUUUUAGGUGACUCAGUGGGCUCGUUACUAGCAUACUGUUCCUUGAGUGCUGGUCAGUUUUUAGGAAUCAGCUUUUAAAAGCACAUGAGCAGGUGAUCUCUCUGCGUUGAAAGUCAAACAAGCCAUGCAGAAGACUAGCUUAACUGAACAAGGAACUCCUCUUGAAUCUCAGGAAGAGAAAGAGAUUGUGUGAUCUCUGGAGGCGAAGUCAAGCUUCACAGAAAAAUUAGAGCUGUAGUUCACAUAUGCAGGGAGAAAAUAUGAAAGAUCAAAACCUAAUUAGAGUUGAAACUGGCCAGUGUUGUGUCAGACAAGCAAGGCUUUUUGACGUACGUAAAUAGCAAGAGGAGGUCUAAGGAAAACAUUGGACUGAUAUUUGUUGUAGAUGAUCACCUGACAAAUUGGAGUGAAGAAAAAGUAGGGGCAUUCAGUACUUUUUUUUGCCCUAGUCUCUUGUAAUAUAGACCUUGGGUUCCCUUGUCUUCUGAUUUGGAGGACUGUUACUGUGGAAAUAGUGGCUUUCUAUUUGUGUCCAUGGAGAUUGUAAGGGACCAGUUGAAUAUUUCUAAGGCUGUGAGGCCAGGUGGGAUUAAUCCCAGAGUACUGAAGGAGCUAGUGGUUGUUGUAGCAUGACUUCUCUCAACCUCUACCACAGGUUUUGGGAGUCUGGGAAAGGUCCAUGCUUACUAGAAGCUAUUCAACAUUAUACUAGUUUACAAGAAGCACAUGUAGCAAGACCCAAGAAACACAGACCUGCUAGUCUAGCCCUAGCAACUGGAAAAAUUAUAGAGGAGAUCAUACUGGGUGUUACUGAAGGCAUUUAAAGUCCUUUGAAUCUUAGAAUAUCCUGAGUUAGAAGGGAUCCACAGGAAUCAUAAAGUCCAACAAAAAAGGUCUAGUGGGUGAUGUGGUGGUUGGCGGCUGCCUUAGGUAUAGUGACCAUGAAAUGUUAGAGUUUUCAAUACUGGCUGAAGUAAGGAAGGGCACCACCAGAACUUCUACCACGGGCUUCCAGUGGGCAGACUUUGACCUGUUCAGGAGAUUGACAGAAUCCCUUGGGAGUCAGUCCCAAAGGACAAAAGAAUUUAGGAAGGCUGGAUAUACUUUAAAAAGGAAUUCUUAAAUAUUUUCAACAGCAGCACCAUCUUCUCAGUCUUCCUUUGGAUGCUCUCUAAUAGCUUUACAUCCUUCCUAUAUUGUGACACCCCAAACCACACAUGGGACUCGAGGUGAGAUUGCACCAGUGCAGGGCAGAGCGGGACAAUCCCCUCCCUAGAGGGGAUCAUGAUGUAAUUUUAAAACUGCAAAUAAUAAACAGCAAGUUGGUGAAAGCUGGAAGGCAUCAUGUGGGAAUUGGUGAAGGAAUUUGGUUUUGUCUGGUUUGGAGAAAAGAGGCUCCCUACAGUUUCCUGAGGUGGGGAAAAUGGAGAGAGAGGCACUGGUCUCUUCUCCCUGGUAUCUAGUCAUGGGGCACAUGGGAAUGGUUAAGAACUGUGCCAAGGGAGAUUCAGACUUGGCAUUAGGAAACGCUUCUAUACAGAGAGGGUGGACAAACACUGGGCCAGGCUUCCAAGAGAGAUGGUUGAUGCCAUAAGCCUGUUGAGGUUUAAGAGAUAUUUGGACGAUGCCCUUACUUUAAUUUUUGUUCAGUCCUGAAAUGAUCAGUCAGUUGCUAGUUAUUAAACUAGUUAUUAAUUUUAGGUCCCUUCCAAUUGAACUAUUCUAUUUUAAUCAUAACUUAGUGAUGUUUUUCUCUUUCCAUUCCUACAGUCUAUCCAAGUCCCUCUUUGUAGUAUCCCCACCCUCCAGCAUAUCGGUGGCUCCCUUCCUCAACAUGUCAUUAUUUCUGAUCUUGUUUAGAGUAUGUUCUGUCUUUUUCCCCCAGGUCACUAAUGAUGUCUGAACACUCAAUCCUAGUAUUGUCUUCUAAGGCAUGCUUUUUGUAGAUGGCCAUCAUACGGAUUUCAAACCACUGAUUGCUUAAGCUCUCCAGCUUCUCUGUGAUCUUUCUUAACGGAUGGUAUCCAGUCCAUUCCUUCCCCAUCUGGCCAGAAGGGUGCUUAUGAGAGACUGCAUCAAGAGGCUUACUGAAGUCAAAGGAGACAUCUUUCACUGUCCUCUAUGCAUCCUCAGAGCCUAUCGUUCCAUCAUAGAAGACAGGUUCUAAAGCUUGAUUUUCCAUUAUUUAAUCUGUCUGUCCAUUUCUAGUCACCUCUUUGUCCUUUGGGUGCCUGGAAAUGGCUUCCAAAACUUCCUUCAUAAAGCUACAGGGGACUGAGGUAGGGCUGACUAGCCUAUCACUCCACCAAUACUCCUUCCUGUCUUUUUAGAAAGGUGAUGUAUAUAUACACAUACCUCUUCUUGUCUCUGGGGACCUCAUGCAAUUUCAGCAGUUUUUCAUAGAUGACAGUGACCAAUCUCAAAAUAAUAUAUUUCUGUGUAUAGGGAGAAGAUGGACAUUCUGUGAAAGAGAAAUCAAGAGCUGAGAGAAGCACAUUUUCUAGUUGUUCUUUGCACAUUUACAGUAGUUCCAGUGAACUCUAGUCAGGCUUAAUGCCCAGUUUGGUAGGUACUGGAGAAGUCUGAAUUAAAAGAAUGUAGUUCUGUCCUGAUGGAUUUAUGAUUUUAAGGUACAGUAGCAAGUGAAGAAAGCAGCAAAACAGGAGCUGGAGAGAAGCUUGUUAGAGGCUGGGACUCGUGCUACUGAAUGAUAGAUUAGCUUUGUGAUUGUGCUGUGCAGAGGUGUGUCUUGCCAGCGUCAUUCUUGAAUAAUGACAUUGAGUAGGUUAGUGCUGUCCUUCAAACUGUAGAUGCUCUUGCUGUUAUUUUGUGGAUGUUGCAGAGACCUGCUUAGUGGGCAGAGGAUGAGAAGGGAAAUUGUAAGAAAGGCAGCAAGAAGCAUGAUGGAGUGCCUCUUUUAUUGUAACUCCUUCUGUACUGAAGAAGGAAUGUGCCACAAAAAACAGUAUGUGUGCCUAGAUAUUGAAAAGAAUUUAUGUCAUAUGGAUAAGAACUUUGCUUUGUUGUCUUGAGGAACAGUUUGUAACCAGAGAACUUUUCAGUAAAGCAAAAGUGAAGGAUACUACAUUUAUUCAGAAUAUUAUUUUAAUAGUCUCUUAGGAGAGUAUCAAAGGAAGAUGAGCUUCUCAUUGUGAUACUUCAUUUCUGUGCCUUUGUUUCCUGUAUUCUUUUCCAGUUUGUGUUUUGUGACUGCAACAUCCUUUUGUACCAUCAAAUGCAGGAAAUAUACUUUACAGGCAUGCUUUUUGAGGUGUAAAGCAUAAGCAUGUGUGUCUGGGCCUCAGUCGCAUGACACCUCAUACAGAUUUACAUUGUAGAGACAGAAGGAACUUUGAACAUCCUUCUCAACUUUCAUGUGGCUAGAAUGCCUUCCGAACUGCCAACAUGGCUGUCUGUGAGUCUGACGAGUUGAAAAGAUGUGGUCACUGGCAUACUGUAUAAAGAGAAUUCUUGUACUGCCUUAAAAAAUUGGUAAAACUGGAAAAUAGACUGGUGCAGCCUGUUAUAUCAGAGAAAGAUGCAAAAUAUAUAUACUUGCAGACAAUUAUCAGGAAAAGUAUUGCUGAGACCUGUUUAUUAUGAGCUAGAGUAUUCAGUGUGCUAAAGCAGAGAUGCCAGUACUACAAGGUUGAUCAGUGUUGUGCAAAACUGCCCUCUGGUCUUUGUAACCUCUGAAGGAAAUGGGAUGAACAGCAUGAGAAAGGCUGUACUGUGCCAGACCAAAAGUCUGCUUGUCUUGCUAGUCUGUCUCUCACAGUGACCUGGUUUGGAUACCUGGGGGGUACUAUAAAGAUGAAGCAGUAAUAUAGUGAUACUUUUUUAAAGUGUUCUCUUAGCCCAGUGUCCUGCCUCAAAAAGAUGUACAAACUUUCAAGGCUGGAGAAAACAUUUUUGAAUUUUUGGUUAUAGUAUUUAUCUUACAGUUGGAUUUAAAUAUAUUUUUGCAAGGAUACAUCCUAAUGAUGAAAACAUCAAGUAAGGAUUAGCACAUCUUUGUUUGUAAUGAGUUUUGUUAUGAAUUACCCUCUUUAUAAGUAAAUAACCUCUUCUCCUGGAAUUUUUUUUUCCUAAUAGCAUCAUCCUGACAUUGAUUCUUACAAUGCUUUUUUUUCCCAGCAAGGUUGAAAAGUCUUAUUCUUUCUUUACAAUGAGGCUUUUUUGACAUGCAUUUGUAUGCCCAGUCAACAAGUCCUAUGUAAUCCACUAACCCAUAUAAAUAAUUUUUCAUAAGCUUCA